AUGGCUCAAGAUCUGCUUUAUCGGGGAGGUUUUUGGAUGGAGGGUCGUGUUGACAACUACAACGACAUGGAGGAAAUUAGGAGGAUGCUACGGCAACUUACGGAACGCGUCGCUCGCAUCGAAGCUCGAACCCAGAUCGGUAAGAGUUUUGACGGGGAGAGAAGCGUGAACCCUUAUCUGAACCGAGUAGCUCGCAUCGACACUCUAAGCCGUGAGAGUCUCGACGGGGAGUACGAGGGGGAUAGCCCUUUUCAUUAUUGCGCUCUGCUGUGUGAGUCAAGUGAAGAGGGGCACGGUUAUUCUCAUUGUGUCUAUGAAGGUGUUCAAAGAAAUUUUGAUAAGCAAUUUAUUGAUCAGAACAGUGAAGAGAUGAGAAUUGAGAAAACUUUCGAAGAUAUUAUUGAUUUUAUGGGCAUUAAUGUUUUCACUUGGAAGGUUGCCAAAACUUUGGUUGAUUUUGUCAAUCGGUUGAAGAUUCUAGGGAGAAACAUUUGCAUUGUUAGAGGGAGUAAGAAGAAACCAAGAAUAACGAAAUAUUCCAAAUAUCUUUUUAUUUGGAAAGGAAGGUUUCAAUUGGAUGCUAAAAGAUCCAGAAUUAACAUGAAGCAAUUGAAGAUUCUACUCGGAUUUUCCUCAAUCAAAGGCUUGAAUUCGAGGACGAAUUCUUUCCAACCAGGGGAGUCUGAUGCAGGAGCAUAG